CAGAAGAGGUAAUGUUAUUCAAAUUCAACAAUGAAUGGAAUUUGUAAAACAACUCCCCUGGACUUUAAAGACACAAACAGAAUACAUAAUGCAUGGAAAUCCAGAAUGCAUAACUUAAUCCAGAGUCCAUUGUCAUGGCGGAAACUCAACAAACAGGCAACAAAUGAAACAAGCCUACUUGAAGAAUCUCUUGAGAUACUCCUUUCCCAGAAACGUGGACAAUUAGCAUUUCGGGACUUUCUAAAGUCAGAGUUCUGUGAGGAGAACCUGGACUUUUGGCUCACCUGUCAAGAGUUCAAAACCCUUGACAGUCCCCAGGAGCUGACACGGAGAGCAGCACGCAUUUAUGAAGAGUUCAUCAGGCCAGAGUCUCCUACGCCGGUAAACUUAGAUUUCCACACGAGAGAUAUCAUCCGCCAGAAUCUCCAAAACCCAAGUCCAUCGUGUUUUGUUGUGGCACAGAAAAAAAUCUACAGCCUAAUGGAGAAUGGCUCAUUCUCACGCUUCAUUCAGUCUGAGCAAUACAAAGUCCUAUUUGAUGCAGCUCCUAAGCAGAGGGGCCUUGGGAAGCAUCGAAAGGCCUUGAGGAUAAGGAACAAUGGAGAUCUAAUACAGCAUGAUUCUAAAGCAAUCAGCCUGCAGAGCGAUUUGUAUCUCUUGCACAAGGACUGACACCGUGCAUGGUGAUAGUGGAAAGUGUUGCCAAAGGCUCAGGAGCUGCUGUUGACAGACACUGUGCAGGCACUUUCCCUUACCUCAAAAUGUCACCUCAACCACAUGGUGUUUAAAGACGUGCCAGUGCAAUGGACAUAACAUACUGUAGGCGGUGCCAUCUGGUGCACGGUGAACACUGGACAUCGACUAAAGUAAAACUGUGUUGCUGCUGGCUGAGACAGCCAAAGUCUUGAAUGUAAACUUUAAUAUUUAUGAUUCCACACAAGUGAAAUGCGUAUGACUGCAGGACUGUUAUGUAUUUUGUGAGUUUGCACUUUUAGUGGUCUUGUCAUGUAUGUAUGCCUCAUGAAGACUUGCUAUACUGUGGCACUUAUUUUUUGUUAAAUUCUAACUGUUCAGUUGU